AUGGGACCCACCGGUGGCUUACCGUCCUUGAACGGCGGUACAGUGACGGAGGAGAAUAUGUUCUUCACCCUGCAGGACCCGCUCACGCGGAGCUACCUCCGCUGGAUCGCUCAGAAGGAGCAGCUGGGCCAGGACAUGUGUCUCAUCGGCGACCCCGGCCCUGCCAUGCGCUGGCUGGUGAUGCUUUACAGCCAUCUCACCCGCCGCGAAAUCCGCGUCGUUUACCUAAACAGCGACAUCACAGAGAGCGACCUGAAGCAGCGUCGUGAGAUCCGAAACGGCAACCUCAUCUACGACGACCAAAGCGCCGUCUCAGCUGCUGUGGAGGGUCAGCUGUUGGUGCUCGAGGGCCUCACGCGUGUGGAGCGAAAUGUGCUGCCGGUGAUCAACAACCUCCUCGAAAACCGUGAGAUGCACCUCGACAACGGCUCGGUUCUUAUUCACCCGGCGCGCUACGACUCGCUGCUGCAGAAGCUAUACGAGUCAAAGCUCCAGCAGAGGGGACAUCAACAACAGAGCGCAAGUGACGGUCUGCGGAACGUCGAGCUGAUUGCUGAAGCGAAGCGUGAGCUGGCUCAAAUGGGUCUGGUGCGCGUUUCAGAGAGGUUUCGCGUGAUUGGGAUUACAGUGCCGGUACCACCGUACGAGGGCAACCCACUUGAUCCCCCACUGCGCUCGCGCUUCCAGUGCCUGUACGUCCGCACGCCGAUGCCAGUGGUGGCGCCGUCGUCGUCCGUGGUGAGCGCUUUGGUGGCGCGCGCUGAUGGCACGAGCCGCAAUAACCAUAAGCGGAUAAAGCAGGUGGCAGAGCUGCAGGAGCAGCAUUCGGACCGCUUCGCACGGGUUGUGCAGCUGCGCGCGGCCAUUACUGCUAUCAACGACUCCACAAGCGAUUUCCAGCUGAGUAAGCCGAGCAAGAAGAAGGUUACCUCGACUGCGCCGGUGCAUGGCCGUGGAAGGGCCCCGCGCACCCCCAUGUACUAUAGGGGUGGUAUGGUGGAGCAGCUCUCCGAGGAUGACGCCGACACCGCUGCGGGCGUAGAUAACGCCGACAGCGGCGUCGCUGCGGCGAGUAGCCCCUUGCAGGCGCUAGAUAACUGGGCCCUUGCCACUAUUGCCCAGCAGCUCGCCCUCUUCCCUGAUACGCCGGUAGGUGAGGUUGUCAUACGGGGCUUUCCUUGGCCUUACUACGCCCGCCAACUCACCCGCAGUGGCGCAGGUGGUGCGGCGACUGGGUAUGCAAACGUUGAGGAAUACCACCGCCGACUGGCGCAGUACGCAGAGGUGCUUCAGCACUGUCGCGUGUAUCCGCCUUUACUCCUUGCCGCUAAUCUCACAGACAGCAACACGCAUGCUCGCCGUUCCAGUCGUGAGGAUAGUGGACUAAAUAGGCUGCAUGGCCAUCAGGUGCAUGAGCCACCUGCCAAGAGGUUGCGCAUGAGUGAAAGGCUGCGCACAUUGGUGCAGGGUCAAGAUGAGCCAGGAGAUGACGAGCCUCGCGGCGCAGCGGCAGCUCGUGCCUACGUUCGCUCCGCCCAGCUUGUGUCCGCUCCCUCAAGGGUUGUUAGUGUCCCACUGCCGGUUCAGCAGAUUUACAACUAUAUCCUGCAGUACCGAAACGUUACAUCCACCGCGGUGUUCUCCGGUGUGCCGGUCGUUGUGGCAGAUGCGGUGGUGGCAACCGCUGCGCACAACGCUGAGCAUCCUGGCCAGCCAGGGACGUACCUUCUGAAGGUUUUCAUGGGCCCUCGGGCGCUCUGCUCACGCGGGUCCUCGGAUGCGAGCGGCUAUGUUGGAUGGGACGUCGCAGAGUAUCUCAGCACCACCGCUGCGCCCUCCACGGUCUUUACAACUGAACACUACCACGUCCUGCAGGCGAUGCUGCAGGUGCACGCCAGCCGACAACACAUCUGCCUGCUCGGCCCCACCGGCUGCGGCAAGACGGCCAUGGUGCGCGCGUUUGGGCGGCUGCUGGGGUACACGCUUGCGCCGACGAUGCAUUUGUACGCCGAUAUGACGCACAAGGACCUCUUCCAGCAGCGCAUGACGGACCCUAAGACAGGCAACACAACGUGGCAGGACUCGCCGCUGCUGCGUGCUGCCAUCUACGGCGAGCUGGUCGUGCUGGAUGGCAUGGAGAAGCUACCGAGCGGGAUGCUGUCGUCCUUACAGCAAAUCGUUGUGGACCAGAGCGCAGUGCUGGCUGACGGCACAAUGCUGAAGUCAGCGAUGGAAUACAACCGGCUAAAGGAACGGCUCACUGAGCGCGACCCGAUUACCGGAGUAGUGGUGCGGAAACCAACAGAUGAAGACAUGCGGGAGCGGAGGAUUUUCCCGGUACACCCGUGCUUCCGAGUGGUGGCAACGGCGCGUCCGCCACAACCAGUCAGUGGCGGUGGCGGCGGUGCGGCUGGAAGCCGAGGCGGCAGGGACUUCUUCAUUACACAAGACCUCACAACGCUGUUUCGCAUGGUGGCAAUGCCGGAUGCCGGCGAGGAUGCGCUAGGACCGGUGCUGCGGCAGGUCGCUCAGACAGAGGCACGCUUGCUGCAGGCAGAGACGUGGCGGAAGCAAGAGGCCCCGGCGGCAACCCAGCAGCGCAUUGAGGUUGUUGUGGAGCAGCUUAUCCAGUUACGCAAUGGGCUGGCGGAGCUUCACUCCACAGACGGCAAGAUGCCGCAGCUCAGCCUCCGGCAGCUGCGCCAGCUCGUCCGCUCUGCCGUGCGUUACCCAUCACGCAUCGAGGAGAGUGUGUGCAACACACUGCUCCUGCCCCUGAUGACAGGUGUUGCCGCUACCAAGGUGCGACACGCGCUGGAGACCUCCGGGUUGGUACACUCAAGCACCCGGACGGCGACGGGACGCGGUGACACGACAUCAACGGAGCCGACGGCGGAGGGCGAGGUUCUUCUUGUGGCCCCAAAUGACGGUGUCCACGCCGGCGGUGAAGCCUCCACGAGUCCGAGUCGACUAUGGAGCGUGAACGGAGAGCCUGUGCUACAACUUUCUCGCGUGUACACGCAGGCGGAGUUGGCCCUGGUGCCAUACGUUACCGGGUUCCACGCGAACCGUGUGCACGAGUCUAUCUUGGCUUGGCUGGCGAAGCAGUACGCCAUGGGCAGCAACAUCCUCCUUAUCGGCAACCAGGGCGUGGGGAAGAACAAGGUGGUGGACGCCUUUCUCUCGCGCCUUGGCAUCCCACGCCACUAUAUCCAGCUGCACCGUGACACGACCGUGGGCAGCUUGACGAUCAACCCCACGGUAGAGGCCGGCAAGGUCGUCUGGGAGGACUCGCCGCUGGUGAAGGCGGUCCAGCGAGGUCACUGCCUUGUGGUGGACGAGAUCGACAAGGCACCAGUGGAAGUGGUGCAGGUGCUGAAGGGCCUGAUCGAAGACCGCGAGAUGCGGCUCGGUGACGGGCGGCAGAUCUACGACCCAGCGAUGGAGCCGUACACAUCAUCUGCGGCAGGGACGAUGCAGCGCAUCGCCAUUCACCCGGACUUUCGCAUUAUCGUCUUGGCCAAUCCGCCGGGAUUUCCGUUUCACGGCAACGACUUCUUCCGCGAGUGUGGUGACCUCUUCGCCGCGUACGUGAUGAGCAACCCGGACGCGGAGUCGCAGCUGUGCGUCUUGGCUGCCUACGCGCCAACCCUGCCGCGGCCACUGCUAAAGCGCCUCGUUCUGGUGUUUCUCGAACUACAGAACGCCUUCACUCAAGGGAACCUAACCUACCCCUUCUCGCUCCGUGAGCUGAUUGCCGUGGUGAAGCACAUGUCAUGCUACCCGCAAGACGGAGUUUACGAGGCACUUAACAACGUCUUUAACUUCGAUGCCCGUGACGAGAACACGCUGCGGGUGGUGCGGCAGGUGCUCGCCAACUACCUCCAACCCAUGAUUCAGCAAGGUGGCCUGCAGCGCCUCAAGCCGUACAAGGCAGGGCAGCCGAUAGCGUUGUUGCCCUUUAAGGAGCUGGUGACGCUACCCAUGACAACGAUGGCCACAACAGCGACGGCGGCGGACGCCGGGCACUUUACCACCCUCGUCUUCCUCCCUGCAGAGGUUACGCUCAGCGAGCAUCGCUUCCUGUCGCGCAUUAUGGAGACGGAGGAGGAAAGAGCCGCGUCGCAGGGACAGGGUAGUCGCACGAGCGAUACAGGGGCAGCGGCGUGGCAUGUAACAUACCCCACCGAGGCGUUCUUCCCUGCCUCACCGGCUGCGGAUGCCACACUAUCCACCACAGAGGCCUUCACGGAGUGGGCAAGCCAAUCCGCCCUGCCAUUCGUGAACUCCAACACCGAUACGGUUGUUGCCAUGACCUCUGUGGCGGCUGUUGGUGGCACCGAUGCGGCGACAGAAGCGGCGACCCUGCCGCUGCUCUCGGUCCUGCUGCUUCGCCGCACAUCCGCAAAGGAUGGCAGCAGCUGGAAGAGUGAACCGUCAGCCACUGCAGCAGCGCUGCGGUUGAUUGUCGCGACAGUGCGCCUGCCGCCUUCCUCCAUAGAGGUCCGCUACCUUUUCGCCGACAAGGCAGAGGAACUGGCGACGCUUUGGCCAGUGGGCCAUGCGCGGUUUGUUGACGUCUCCUCGCCGUACGCGACGGAGCUGGCAGACGCGGCGGAGUGCCUGUCUUCGCUCUUUACAUUUACUGGGCUCGACAUGUCUACACAGGCGCUUCCUUGGAGAACCGGUUGCGGCGAGGCUGGUGACGCCGUGGGGCAGCAGCAGCACCUCCGCAUCUGGCCGCCGUCGCUGGCGACCUGGUCGCACACGAUGGGUGGACGGACGUCCCUUCUGCGCAAGAGAGAUGGGACUGGAUUGGAUGGCGAGCGUACUCCGCAGGGCGUUGUGCUGCUGUCUUCUAACAAGACGGGCCGCACAGUACUGAUUGACGUGCUGGCAGGGGCCGCCUCAGACUUGUACAUGGCGCGCAUGGGCCUCGCAAAAGGCGCGACGACGUCAGCGAGCAACACAGCCUGCGCAGCAACCACCACGUCUCUCGAACCUGUGCUGCCUCUCCACCUAGACCGGUGCCUGUCCGCUGCAUCGGCGACAUCAGCUGCGCAGGCAAGCGUCCGUGUGCUUGACGUGAGUGCCCGCCAUGGCGUCAUCUGCUUUGCCGCUGCCUCGUCAGCCACAAAGGAGUGCUUUUUUCUCCUCCAAGGGCGAGUCGUGAGGGUGAGCUUCCCACAGCCAGUCGUGUCGUUGCGGUUUGUGGGCAGCCGAUUGGCAACUGUGGAGAUGGAGGCUCCUGCUGCAGGUGACGCUCGUGAGAUGUCGAGACGGAGGGCACAUCGCAGCACUGGUGUUGUGAAGGUGUCGGUGGCAGCCGACGGCAGGGCUCAUGCGACGAUGCUGCCUCUCUCGCCGGAUACGCAACGGUUGGAGCUCGUGGAUGCCCCUGCGAUCGCUGCCGCUGAUGAUGGACCCACGGCGCACCUCUCUGCGAGCGACCGGAGCAGCGCGUCGCAUGACGUCCUUGUCCCAGAGGACUUGAAGGGGUCGCUGUGGCGCGUCGCUGCCGCUACUGCGUCGUCUUCGGCGAGCACGUCCCCAUCCGCUGAUGGAACAUCUGAUACCUACAAGGACGACCCGGUCGGUCGCAACGUCGUUUACGCCCGCGUCGAGGGCACCGCAGAAAGCGGGCUGCAGCUGCGCUACUAUAAGAGUAAGACAGGGCCUACCUCAGCGAGCGCCGUGCCGCUUGUCCCCACUGUCCUUGUUGACGACGCACGCCAUCAGCUUCUUCACAUUCAUUCUGACGGCCGGACGGUCUCCGCGAUCGACACGCAACACGCCACACAGCGCACAUUUGCCAGCGUCCCUGAGGCGGCAAUCCAGGCGGCUUCCACGUCGCCAUCUGCUGCUGCUGCUGCUGCUACAGCGGACCUUUGGUCCCUUGACAACCACAGCGGCACUGUCUACGUGUGGAAGCCGGCGUCGCAGCAGGUCUCCGUUGCCGAUGUGAAUGGUGAGCGCGUGCGGCAGCGUUACUCAGAGUGGUCGUCGCUGCUCACCGGCAACGCGGCCACUGUCGGUGACGCUGCCACUGUUGAGGAGGACGAGGUAGGCGUGAAAGAUUUCAAGAUGAAGUACAGCACGCCACGCAAGCAGCCCUCCGGCACCUUGAAGCACGGCGAGAUCGACGACAAGGAGCACCACGGCGGCAACACCUGGGCCGGCGGCACGGGCGGCACAGACACUGCGGGGCUUGGAGGGUUGGUGGGUCCAUACCGCCUCGAUAAGGGCAACCCUGUGCAUCAGGUGUCGCCAGAGGAGAAGCGCAAGGUCCCAAAGCACCUGCUGGAGGAGGCGCGGCGGAUGGGCCGCAAUGCGCUCAAAGAGCGCCUGCAGUCGAUUGGCAUGUCGGAGGAGGAGUAUGAGGAGUACAAGGGCCUACAGGAGCGCGUGCAGCCAGCGGUGGCGCAGCUGCGAGCGCUGCUGAUGGGGCUGAAGGCUGCCGAGGGUGAGCGGGUGUGGAUGACUGGGCAGACGGACGGUGUGUGGGACGACAAGAAGCUUGUCGAGGGGAUCGUGGGCGAAGCGAAUGUUUACAAGCGCCGCGUCGACUCGAAGGAGACGAGUCCGUUUCAGCAAAAGUACAAAAAGCGGCUGGUCUUUGUGCUGGACGUGAGUGCGAGCAUGUACCGCUUCAACAGCAUGGACCAGCGCUUGACUAAGUUGCUCGAGACGACUAUCAUGAUCAUGGAGGCCUUUGCCGGGUUCGAGGCGAAGCUGGACUACGCCAUGAUUGGGCACAACGGCGACAGCGACAACAUCCCUCUCGUCAGCUUCAGCUCUCCACCUGCGAACCAGAAGGAGCGCAUGAUUAUCUGCCAGAAGAUGUUGGCAUACGCGCAGUACUGCUGGUCUGGCGACAACACUGUCGAGGCAAUGCGGCGCAGCAUUGAGUUGGUGACGAAGGAGAAGGGCGACUCGUACUUUGUGUUUGUCAUUAGCGAUGCAAACCUGCGCCAGUACGGCAUCACACCGCGCGAGCUGGCGGAGAUCAUUCAGAGCAAGCCGGAGGUGAAGAUGUUUUGCAUCUUCAUCGCAACGCUUGGGGCGCAGGCGUCGCAUCUGCAGCAGCAGUUGCCGGCUGGGCACGGGUAUGAGUGCAUGCGAACAGAUGUGCUGCCGCAGGUACUGCGUCAGAUCUUCACCUCCGCGAACCUAUUCUGA